GAAACUGAGGCAGGAGGGGACGUGUCCCAGAGAUGCAGCCGGCUUCCCCCAAGGGGUUUCAGGAGUCCAGACCCCCAACCCAAAUCUGGAGGAUGAAGAACCCGGAGUCCGCAUGUCUCAGUACCCGAGAAGGAGAAGCCUGAAUUCCAGAACUCGUGGGUCUGAGUGGAGGGCGCUGGGGGCCUGGACUCCUCCUGGGUCUGAGGGAAAAGGGCGCUGGGGACCUGAACUCCUGGGUCUGAAGGUGGAGGCCCGGGAUCUGCACUCCUGAGUCAGGGAGAAGGCGGUCCUGCUUGGGUCAGCCUGCGCCUUUCACUCCCCACCCUUCCCCUUUCCCUACCGAGGAGCCAGGGCAGGCAGCCACUCCAGGUGGUUGCCCCCUCCCUCUCCUGAGAUGUCAGGAAGGAGGGGGCCACCGGUGUCCUCCACAGGGGCCCCCCGAAGCCUGGGGGCUCCCAGCCCCAGAGCUUGGAGGUGGAGGAGGUAUUGACAGGUGCUCCAAGAGAUGCUCCCUCUGCCCUCAUGCUCCCUCCCCAUCCUCUUCCUCGCCCUCCUCGCCGGUGUGCCCAUGGAGUCCCAACCCCCACCCUCCACAUUGCCCCCUUUUCUGGCCCCUGAGUGGGACCUUCUGUCUCCCCGAGUGGUCCUGUCUAGGGGUGCCCCUGCUGGGCCCCCUCUGCUCUUGCUGCUGGAGGCUGGGGCCUUUGGGGAGUCAGCAGGCACCCCGGCCAACCGCAGCCGGCGUGGGGUGAGCGAAACCGCACCAGCGAGUCGUCGGGGAGAGCUGGCCGUGUGCGACGCAGUCAGCGGCUGGGUGACAGACCGUCGGACCGCUGUGGACCUGCGUGGGCGUGAGGUGGAGGUGCUGGGCGAGGUGCCUGCAGCUGGUGGCAGUCCCCUCCGCCAGUACUUCUUUGAAACCCGAUGCAAGGCUGAUAACACUGAGGAAGGUGGCCCGGGGGUGGGCGGAGGGGGCUGCCGAGGUGUGGAUCGGAGGCACUGGGUGUCUGAGUGCAAGGCCAAGCAGUCCUAUGUGCGUGCAUUGACUGCUGACGCCCAGGGCCGUGUGGGCUGGCGAUGGAUUCGAAUUGACACUGCCUGCGUCUGCACUCUCCUCAGCCGGACUGGCCGGGCCUGAGGCCCAUGCCCAGGAACUGGUCAGGCAGGCAAAGAUCAGAGUUGGAUGCUGAGAUACCUCAGGGGUGGCCCAGCUGCUCCAAGGACUCCAGUUUGGGAGCUCAUCAACUGAUCACAAAAUCACAAGUCUCUGAUUUUGAGCUCAAUCUGUGCAGGAUGGGUGAAACCACAUGGGGUUUUGAAGGAUGAAUAGGAGUUCUCCUGGAGGACCUUGAGGGCAAUAAUGAUGAUGGUGAUAAUAAUAACAGCCAAUAUUUACUGAGUGUUUUACUGUUUCUUAGUCCUAAUACAUAACUCCUCAGAUCAACUCUCAUGGA